AUGCCAACUUCUGUUUCAAGCCUUCACAAGUCCAAUCCAGGCUCUUCAGCAAAUGCCACUGCUACUGUUACUACAGCAGCAAUCGCGCUUGACCUUAAAGACAAGAAACCCACUGUUUUAGAAACACAUGGAUACUUUUUGGGAAAAACCAUUGGUACUGGCUCAUAUGCGACGGUCAGGACGUAUGGGGAUAAUAUUACUCAUUUGUAUGAUUCAAACCAUCAUAAAAUUAAGGUUGCUAGAAGCGAUAGACAUGAUUCUGAUGUAGCCAUAAAAAUAGUCAGUAAAUUUUCAGCCCCUGCAGAUUAUUUGAAAAAAUUUUUGCCCAGAGAAAUCGAAGUUGUCAAGGGUUUAAGGCAUCCCAAUCUUAUACGAUUUUUGCAAGCUAUUGAAACAACCCACAGGGUCUAUAUUGUAAUGGAAUAUGCUAAAAAUGGAAGCCUAUUGGAUAUCAUACGUAAAGACCAGUAUAUUGACGAAAUAAGGGCCAGAAAAUGGUUUCGGCAACUUGUGGACGCGGUGGAUUAUUGCCACGAGCGCGGAGUCGUUCACAGAGAUAUAAAAUGUGAAAAUAUGUUAAUGGACGUGGAAUGGAAUAUUAAAUUGUCAGAUUUUGGUUUUGCAAGGGGUCACUUAAAGCCUAAAAAUGGUCAAUUACCACUGAGCGAGACUUUUUGCGGAAGUUAUGCGUAUGCGUCACCUGAAAUAUUAAGGGGAAUCCCAUAUCAACCCCAAUAUGCUGACAUAUGGUCUAUGGGUGUAGUACUUUUUGCUAUGGUUUAUGGUAGAUUACCUUUUGAUGAUAGUAACUAUAGAGAGCUCAUAAAGGUUAUAAAUAACACUUUUUGUUAA